AUGGGAAGUGGCUUUAAUGGAAUGUAUGGCAUGUAUCGUGAAGUACCUGGUGGUCCAGAUCCAUUACAUAACGGAAGGAAAGGUAAGAUGGGAAAGGACACAUAUGGAACGUAUCGUGAAGUGCCUGGAGGUCCAGAUCCAUUACACAAUGGAAGGAAAGGUCAGAUGGGAGAGGGCACAUAUGGAACGUAUCAGGAGGUGUCGGGUGGUCCAAAUCCAUCACAUAACGGACAGAAAGCAGGUCAGAUGGGAAAGGACAUGUAUGGAGUGUAUCGUGAAGUGCCUGGUGGUCCAAAUCCAUUGCAUAACGGAUGGAAAGGUCAGACGGGAAAGGACUCCUACGGAAUGUAUCGUGAAGUACCUGGAGGUCCAGAUCCAUUACAUAAUGGAAGGAAAGGUUAUAUGGGAUCAAAAACAUAA